ACGGCAGCUGCUGUUCGAGCGCUGCGACAGCGGCUCGCUCUCCCCAGUCGUCUGUUUUGACCGGCGCAGCAGGACUCGGUCGGCGGGUACGGUGGAGUGCUCCUUCUGCCCUGCCUCUACGGUGGUCAAGUCACGUUCGCGUCUUUCCGGUCGUCGCCGGCGGCCGCUCGGUUUCCUGCUUCUACGCCACCGGACGGCACCCACACGUCCCCCCUGGACGAUCCGGCGCGCUCGGCCGGUGUUGUCAUGCGGCCCUUUCGCCGGCGCGCGUCGACAUCGAAGCAGCAGCAGCAGCGGCUACGGCCGUCGUCUUCGGCGGGCCGAGGAGCGCCGUAGGCCUAACCGGAGUCACGGCCGUUUCGCUCGCCCCGGCGCUCGACAAGGUUCUCGCGUGGUUUUGGGCGGCCGAUCGCGCGUGUCACUGCCUCGUCGGCGGCGGUGGUGCCCGCUCGAGCCGUGUUCUGUGCGUUCCCCGAGGAGUGUCAGUGGGACGUGAGCGCGGCGUCCUCUGAAUUGGUGUUUCUUUUUCGACCGGGGGCCGCCCGACCGCAAUUGGCCGCGGCGGUUCGCCGCGUGCGGGGAGGAGGGACGCCGCCGUGCACGCACACACACACAGGAAAUUGGCCGCGAUGCCUCCGCUGGCGCGAGACCAGCAGUCGGCGAGCUUGUUAACACCGGAGAUGAAGGCGACGUUGGCCAACGGCGGGUCCGCGGCGGCCGGCGACGGUUCGAGCUGCGUCUGCUCCGUCAAGUGCGUUCUCGUGGGCGACGGAGCGGUGGGCAAGACCAGCCUCGUCGUCAGCUACACCACCAACGGCUACCCCACGGAGUACGUUCCCACGGCUUUCGACAACUACUCCGUGGUGGUGACAGUGGACAACCAGCCGGUACGUCUGCAGCUCUGUGACACGGCGGGACAGGACGACUUCGACUCGCUGCGGCCCCUGUGCUACCCGAACGCGGCUGUGCUGCUGCUCUGCUUCUCGGUGGUGUGCCCCACCUCGUUCCAGAACGCGUCGCAGAAGUGGCUGCCCGAGCUGAGGCGGCACUGCCCCGACGCGCCCAUCGUGCUCGUCGGAACCCAGUGCGACCUGCGCUCGGACGUCAAGGUGCUCAUCGAGCUCGCCCGCUACGGCGAGGAGCCCGUGCCGGAGUCCUCGGCGCGGCACGCCGCCCACCGCAUGGGGGCGCUGGCGUACGUCGAGUGCUCGGCGCUCACGCAGAAGAAUCUCAAGGAGGUCUUCGACACGGCCAUCGUCGCGGCGCUGCGUCGGAACAGCCCGGGCCUCGUGGGCAAGGGCUUCCACCUGCUGUCCACCAGGUCGCCGGGCUCCAGGAGCAACGGCGGCGCGGGACAGUUCACCAACGGCUUCGUGCCGUUUCCCCGGAGACGCGCCAUGUCGCUGGACCGGCGGGCCCGGGACGACGGCAAGAAGACGGGCUGGAAGAAGUUGUGCUGCUUCAUCUGAGGUGUUCGUUUGUGCGCGCGUUUGUGUGUGUGUACGGUGCGUGUGUAGCCGAAGUGCGGUUCCUACGCUGCGGAGACCUCGACGAGAAAUUUGUUUCCGUAGAACACGGUGUUGGUCGUAGCGUUGUGUGGAGCAGCCACGGGUUUUGGUUCGUUUCGACGAGGGACGCGACCAACGUUGUGUCAGGAAAGACAAGUCUCAGGGUUGAAGUCAAGAUCAUCACUGGCAACAGGGCACCGCCUGGGGACUGGAGCGCUAUGUGGAGCCAGUCGGUUCUCGCCGAAGCUGGAAGUGACUUGUGAAGGCGUGUGUUCGCGUUCUGUGGAUGCUAUAGAGCCGGCGCAUCUUCUACUGGCUACGUGAGAUGGCGCUGCGCCGCAGACAGUCGCUCAUUGCGGCGUCUGGCCAUUUUUUCGACGAGAUUUGUCCAGAAUAGACGUGGGUCUUCGGGGGUGAAUUCAAUAUGACGGCGGCGACCGCAGCUACACGUAGCCCGAGUCGGUUCCCCUUGACCUUAUUAUUCUUUUUUUACGAAAGUCUACGGGAUGUUCUUCUGGAUAAACGGUGCCACCAACAGGUGUUUCUGGUUUCGCAAUCUGGUUCUGAUAAUCGGAGCGGAAGAGCCUUCGCGUCUCCAAUUCCGGCCUUCCUGCCAGAUGGCGUCGGCGUGAACGCCAUGAUUGUGACCACGUGUUCGCCGACUCGCCAUUGCUCAUCGUUGCUAUCGCGUGCAGCGGUUUAUUGUCCGCGGACUGGCUAGGAGUACGUGAGAGCGACAAGAACGACAAGGAAAGGAAAGGAAGGAGGCUUCGAGUAACCUAUCGCUAUCCGGCAUGGGCCGUCUAGUAAUGUGAUCGUCGGACGUAUUCGACACCAGGUGUGCAUGCCUGUCACGCCGAGCCCUACCGAGCUAGAGCCCAAGAGCUUAAGCCCAAGCAAGUCGCACUUCAGCAACUACUCUGAGCGUUUUAACGGGAGGUGAUCAUACUUCAGCAAUGACUGUACAUGUCGGGACACUUCUUCUGGGACGUCCAGUCAAACCAAGACCUCGUCCUCUACGAGGACAAUUUCCAGCUGUGCGGACUGUGCUUUUUCGUCGACAGCUGUAACUGUUUGGUGACUGUUUCGUCGGCUUGUGAUGACAGUGGUCAUUGUUUAUAGUGGUGCUGCGAAGAGACGGCCGAAGACUGUGCAAAUCUGCUCGCCCAGACAUCAAGAUAGCGUAUGGUCUUUUUCGUUUCUUUUUUUUUUUUAAAGCGUGUCCGUAAAGCGUUUGAGUUUACGGAAUGCCGGAUCACCGGACAGGUCGACGGUGGCAACAGUAUGGGUAGCGCCAUCUUGUGACACUCUCUUCAAACACGACGCCUUAGAAGCGUUUUUGUGUUGUGCCAGUGCUCUAGCAUAAAGAAUAUAUGGUAUGGUGUGGAAAAACUUCAUUCAGGUCCUUCAGGUCGUGCUAGUUUCCUAGCCCGAAGCGGGCCGGUCCCAGGUCGGGACCGAAAGGCCUAUAACCUCUCGGCCGCAUCGCGGGUCCGAUGGACUGGCCAUGUCCGUUCAUCUAAUUCGGGGCUACGGACAUUCUAGGGACCAUACUACGGAGAGCCGCAUCCCAACGCUCUUUGGUGUUGUCCUUUAUGGCUGCGUAACGUACAGCAAGCACACUACGUGGGCAGAGGGAGGAAAGGAGGAAACCCUACACGUCAGCGAUCGUUGUUGCUGACGCCUCUGCACCGCCAGAUAAGCAGAACGUGCACGUAACAACUGUAGGUCCCUCUGCUUCAUUUGACCUCAAUGUCACACGGUGGCGCCACCAUACGCACGUCUACCUUGCCGGUGUUCUGGCAUUCCGUGAACUGUGAUACUCUUACGGACAGGCUCUCUUGUUUUAGUUUCCUCUUUGCAUUCUUGCCUGCUGAAGCACCCAUCUCUGAAACGCUGGACGAGGCCUGAAGGUCCGUGAGGUGCAGUUUUUCUUUUUUUUCUUUCUUUUUUAUACAGUGCGCUCCAGUCAACAGUCCUUCAAGCAUCAAACAUCAGGCACCCGUCGAGCACGUCAUCUGUAUUGCGUAUACCGUCUGGUCUCGCGCAUGUUCUGGUCAUGGUGUUCUGUCUAACCGACCUCUGGCAGACGGUGGCGGUAACUCCAGCGACAACUGUGCCGUCUGGCGACCGCGAGCGGCAUUGCGACGAGGCUCCGAACGUCAGGCUUUAUAACUUGGUCGAUAUUCCUUUAUUUUGUGGCCAGUCUCCGAGUCUGUAAGGUAGUUUUCAACCAUUGUGUCCGACUGCCGUCUCCGAGGGUUUACGAUCACUUCUUUGUGUAUAUUAACUCUCUCUCAGUUACUGCUUGCCCUCAAGAUACAUAGUAUAAGGCCUCUUGAAACAGACUUUAUGCUGUUUUCCCGGUGAUGACAAUAUAUUUUUUUUCUUUGUGCGCGCGUUUGUAGGGCACAUUACGCCCGAUCCGUCGCGCUGGUUUACGCAGUUUUUUUUAUGUCGUCGGCGUAUCAGGUCGUUUAAUACGGUUGCUUUUGGUGUUCGUUUAAUGGUUGCGUUGUUAUCUCUUACUCUCCACGCUUCUCUUUGCCAAGACAUAAGAAAUCAAGUUUCCUUCAGGCAGUUCAUGCGCGAGGGAUCACGUGACCGGAGAGCGCACCGAUUGAACGAGCCGCUAAAACCCGGCAUUGCACUGUCGGUUCUCGCACGUACAGUGCGGUUCAUUCUUCAAGGGGACACUGACAUGACAAUGUCAUUGUAGAUUGCAGUUCAGUACUAAGGGAGCACCCAAUUAGUAUUCAGUGCAAGAUAGCUUAACGUUUAUCCAAAGUUGUGGAAAGAAAGUGCAUGAUGCGACACGUUAAGUAGACGUGUACCAAUCAACAGGCUUUUCUGCGUGCCUCCUUAAUCAAAACUGCACCGUAAUUGGCGCCGAGAUAGUAACUAGGUGUUCUCUUUAAGUACGUACCAUGCCGUACAUCGGCGGACAUUAGAACUGCCAUUAGAGAAGGAGUGUUCGCUCGGGAACUCUUCCUGCCACCGUGAUUAUCAAAUUUUGCAGUCACGUGACUCUGACGUCGAGUAUGUUGUACAGUAUAAAUCGUUAGCGUGCUGAGGCAGUAUAGUGGAGUUUACAGCAUCAGCUGCUGUCUCCUAACAAUUUAGGUGCUGCCUGUGGCCGAGGUAUGACCCCAAAUGACAUUAAAUUGAUGCCGUGCACGGAACUGUAAGCGACUAUCAUGUACAGCGAAGUGCCAACUUAAAUGAUGUGAUGCGGUAGCUCGGCUGUUCCAAGUUGUGUACAUAAAUGAGUGUCGCUGCACAAAACCUUCGAAGUUGGUGACGCCGGUCACACAGUCUCUUUCAGCUAAGCCUAACGGACCCUUCGCUAAAGCAACACGCAGUACUAAGUCUGCUCAUUAUAGCAAGGCUCGUAUCGAGGACCGCCUACCGCUACCCUCUCUCUCUAUUGAAAGAGGAAAGCAAGAAAAUGAUGUUAGAGUUAUAUGACCGUACCAUUAGCGGCGUCAUUUGCUCAUGCUAAUUUAUUUUUGUAUGAUAACGUUACUUCUAUUUGGGAAACGGCGGCUGUUGUGCGAAGAUAUCACGUAGCUUCGAGACCAAUCACAGUCUACGCAUACCUCUUCCAGUUGUCCUUGACAUUGGGCCUGUGUUUAAGUGAAAAAAAGAAUGUACCAGUAUGCACCUCCGCUUACAAACCACGUACAAAACAAAUUUUUUUUACAAUCUUCACGAUUAUCUAAAGGCUCCGAAAUCUCGGACAACGCAUGCUCCAGGCGCUUUUGGAAAGCCUAAACAAUCCUUAUGCAAUGAUGCAGUCACAGAACAAUCCUUGUGUAACUGUGCGGUGGUUUGUAAUACAGAGUACUCUUAGUACAGCUUCCCACAUCUCUCCUUACCGUAGACCGUAGAAUAGCUCACCCCGCAAACCGUGUUCUGUUGACAAGCGCCCAAACCAAACGAAGCAAACAAACUAUCUACUACAUACUGUGCCAACAUUCUUUGUUGAGUAGUAACGUUGCCCAGUAGAAACGCCGCCAAACAGACAGUGUUCAAACAGCGUACUUGCAAACCAACAAAAUCGCUCAGAUGCAAAAAUAUAUACGGUAAAGUUGCAUCAACAAACAGCCUUAAGCAGUGUGCCAAGCGUAACAGAAGAAAAAAAAAAGCCCGUAUUUUCGCUGAUUUAUCAGCAAGAGAGACGCGUUUCCUGCAAGAGAUAAUCAUUCUUCUUGAGCACCUGUUCAGUUUUCCACACACACACACACACACACACACACACACACACACACACACGCACACGCACACACGCACGCACACGCACCACACACACAUAUGUAUAUAUAUCCGAUACCGUACCCCUAAGAAAACCAGGCUACAUCAGUCAUUAGAGAGCUUUUCGCGAACGGCCUGCCGCCGAUUUAAUCACAAUCACACUGCUUGGGCAAGCAGGGGUACGAAAAUAUAGCGGGAAAACCUCCUCACUGUGAACCUGAACGUGAUCAUGUAAGCCUCCCAGUGACUACUGUGAGUUAGGUGCCCGAGAUAAAGGUUUGUGCCAAGCUUGAUGAGCAUUAGUAUUGUUUGUGACAACGCUCGAAACCGGAUGUAUCCGAGCUUCGAGCGACAAAACACUAAUGCCCGUGUCGUCUGUCUACUCGUCAGCAAAGCACGUCGGCUUUGUUUGUCCCACCCGGCCCUGUAUAGCUGUAGCGGAGUAGCUUCCGUCAUCUAAAACAGUACCGACUACAUUUCUCCCCCACUAGGGAGUUUUAGCAUACCGUAACUGCGUGGCCAUUUGGAGCGUGUAAGUAACUGCACGCCAAAUAUUUGCACUGUUUGCACCCUAAUGAGCACUAGCUGUGGCGAACGGUUGUACGCGGCUCGCCAAGUAUAGAUAGUAACGGUGCAUGUGACAACGUCGUUUUCUUGCUACGGCGACCUAAAACUCCAUAGGAAACAAUUUUUGCAUGACUUUGCUACCGUAGACUGGCGAUGAACAUAUACCUGAGUCGGCGUACGUUGCUAGUAAGAUUUAAAGCACCCCGCGAACAUAUUUGCAGCGUAAUUACCCUGCGCUAAAACUCCCUAACUUCAGUGUCACCGCGCGUGUAGGGUUUUUUUUUUUUUGUAAGUGUGACGCACUUGCUUCUUGUUAUCGCACCGCAAUGCACCGCUUUCUUUUGUUGCUGUCGAUGCUGUGCACAUUGUUAUCGCUGUGCGUCAUUAAAGUGCACGCACUUGGGUUUCUUUAUUGUUUUUAGCUUGUUCUCGUAGCGCGUUAUCCACUAGUGCCCCCCUCCCUCAACCUAUAUCAGCCUUUGCGAUAGCGCAGGUUGCGGUAGGAGGGGGGGCGCCCCCUACACCAAGAAAUCGAAAGACAUAUCAGUUUUUUGCCUCGUGCUUUAGACCCUUCGCUGAGUUUGAAGCCCUGCAUUGGUGUCUUAGCGCGAACCGUUGUCUCCGUAUCUUAUUGUCCUUUUUUUUUUUGUGCCGUUUUCUUUUCCCUUUGCUAACCUUCCCUCCUCCUAUCCACCGAUAACAGCGCGAAAGCGCCGAUCUGUGCAGUUGCCUCUAAAUGUUCCUGAACCAUGCUCGAGACAAUCGUCAGAGUUCGUACUUUGGCGAUUCAUUCUUCCGUACACUAGACGUGAUUAGAGAGUUUUAGAGGACCAAUAGCGCAGUAGUGGUGCGGCCACUGUGAAAUCGCAAGCAUUUUAGCAUCGACGCAUGUUGCGACGAAUGGAACAAUUAAGUAGAGUCAUCCUUCAGGCGGAAAAGAUCAAGAUUUUGACGGAUAUUUCGAUGUCGCGAUCGAGGCUCUCAGCGUCAGGCACAGGUGACGUAUCUAAAGAUCUAUCCAUGGAUAGUACUAGUUGGUCUAUCUAUAGACAUAUUUAUUGAUAUCACCUAUAGAAUAACAAUCGUCUAGCGGUAGCAUUGGUAUGUGGUUUGCGCUACGACGCGAGCAGGCCUGAAGCGUUUCAAGAAAUGUUAGUGGCGGCUGCAAGUCUCGUUAAUGUCUGUGCAAUGCAAUGUACCUGUAGAAUAUAACCCACAUUUGUUAACGAAUAACAUUUCAUUACUUGGUUAGACAGUAGUUUGAAUACUACUGUUAUUUAUUACACUUUUAACUUUGCUAUCGGACUACUGAAUGAAAAGUGCACAGAGGAAACUGAAAUGCACGUGGUGGCCAAAUUCGUGAUACAUCCUGACGCACCGAUUUAGCAGAAUGAUUUAGCAUGGUCGUGGUUUAUGAGAAUGGUAUAGCGUCAUCGCUGUUUAUCAGAAUUAUUUAGCACGCUACACGCGCACUGCUAAUGACUCCGAUCUCUUUGCUACGCUAAUGCGCUUCACUACCGUGUUUCUAAAACUCCCUAACUUUGAUUCACACGAUGUGGUUCCUCCGUUAACACCUUGCGGUCGAGUGCAUUUAAAACGUGAAUGUAGAAAAAAAUGGAUGUAUUGAUUAAUGAAGCAAGUGUACAUAGUGCAGUUUCGUCUAGUGGAGCUGAUUGCAACGUUGUAACAGAAGAAUGCCGAGCGAAUGUUUUCUAAAACUUCCUAAUAUCGUGUGCGUAAUGUGAUUCCUCCGAGUUUAAAAAGCAGCUUCAAAGGGGGAAAUUAAGUGUAGCAUGACGCAAUAAAAACCAAAUGUACCUAAAAAGAUGCACAAAUUGAUCAUGUGGCUUACAUUUUCCUUUUUCCUCGUUUCUUUGCUUUCUCGUAUACCUUUGUUCGCUUUUCGUUGCUUCUCGACCUUCUCGGCAUGCGCUUCCAGACAUUCGCGUGCGCCUUUGUGUUUCUACGAAAGUGAUCGCCAGAGCGGCGACGUGCGGUUUUGCGUUGGAAGUGACUCGACGUAAAUGACGUGUGUGUGUUGUGGACUUGUAUAUUAUUAUUCGUUGUGUAUGAUGUGUAAAUAGGAUAUUAAUAAAGUGCGCAAUUUUUUAGGACAACACUGAA